AUGAAUUCUUUAUCAGAAGACUUUAUUCAGCUGGUCGAUUUACCUGAUGAGUUAAUUUUAAUUAUUAUGAACAAAGUCAAACCUAAAGUGUUAUUGCUUUGUUCUAUUAUCACUAUUGGUAAUAAUCGUUUAGAAAAACUUGCACUUGAUAUGUGUCAUUCAAUUGAUUUAACUUUUGAUUAUUUUCAAUCACCAAAUCAAUUUAUUAUUCCACGCUUUUAUACACAUGUUAUGCCUUGUAUCAUUAAUAAUAUUCAAUCGUUGACAUUAAGCAUUCAACAUAUUCCAAAUAUGAUUACUUUUGUUGAAAGAUAUUGUAAUGGAACUCUUCCAAAUUUGACAUAUUUGAAAAUAAUAAUUGGUAGACAAAAUUCUAUGACAGGCACACCUUAUACUUUAGGUAAACUAUGA